CGCUGCUGCGCACGCGCGCACACACGCUGUGGUUGUCGAGCCGUUGCCGCCGCCGCCGCCGCCGCCAUGGCUUCCCCGCCGCCGCCACCAACCUCCGCUUCCAAGAUGGACAUCCAGAACGCCACGCAGCACCUUCGCGACAUGCUCAAGCUGGACCGGGUGUCCGAGUCGAAGGUUGAUGGCCAAAAGAAAACAACGUCCUACAAUGGAGAACUGAAUGGGUUGUUGGUACCAGAUCCCAUUGCAGCUGGAGAUGGACCUGUUCUCAGAGAGUCAAACCAUGCAAAUGUUCACAGGCUGAAGCUACAAGAAAAUCAAGAGAUAUACCUGUCUGGUGAUGACAGCUCAAAUUGUGUUAUAUCUGCCAAAGAAGUGGAAAUUGUAGCGAGCAAUGAUUCCAGUGUCAGCAAUAAGGCUAGGGGUAGCAACAAGGUAAAAAUACAACCUGUUGCAAAAUAUGAAUGGGAGCAGAAAUAUUACUAUGGCAACCUUAUUGCUGUGUCUAAUCAGUAUUUGGCUUAUACUAUUCGAGGGGUUAGUAGUGUUGGCAUGGUACGGGUAUUGAGUAUUGGUACGGCCGAGCGAACUUUACUCAAGGGAUUUACUGGUGGUGUUGCCGAUUUGGGUUUUGCACACCUCAACUCCAACCAGCUAGCAUGUGUUGAUGAGGCAGGCAACCUAUUUGUCUGGCAACUGAAUGAUGAAAAUGGGAAAAUACAGGAAAAAAUUGUAGUGCACAUAAAGAGACCCAAUGGAACACCUUUAAAUGCAAACAGGAGAAUCAUCUGGUGCCCCUAUAUUCCAGAGGAAAAUGAAGAAAAUGAUGAAGGAAGCCAAACACUUGCUGUUUUACAUGAAGAUAGGGCUGAGGUCUGGGAUCUGGAUAUUCUAAGAAGCAGCAAUAAUACCUGGCCUGUUGAGGCCACAGAUAUGAAGGAAGGCUUUAUCAUUGUGAAGGGGCACACGGCGAGGAUCAGUGAAGGUGCAUUAUCGCCAGAUGGAACAGUCCUUGCAACUGCAAGUCAUGAUGGAUAUGUAAAGUUUUGGCAGAUCUACAUAGAGGGGCAAGAUCAGCCAAGGUGUCUUCAUGAAUGGCAGCCCCAUGAUGGUAGGCCAUUAUCAUGCCUUCUCUUUUGUGACAAUCACAUAAAGCAGGAUCCAGAAGUCCCUUUCUGGCGUUUCUUGAUCACUGGAGCAGAUCAGAACAGGGAGCUGAAGAUGUGGUGUACAGUGUCAUGGACUUGUUUACAAACCAUCAGGUUUAAGCCUGACUCUUUCAAUACCAAUGUGCAGCCAAGUCUGAAAGCCAGCUUGGAUCUGUCUGCAGAAUACUUAAUCCUCAGUGAUGUACAGAGAAAAGUGUUGUACGUGAUGGAGCUACAUCAGAACCAGGAUGAUGGCAAAGCCCACUUUGUCUCCAUAUCCGAGUUUUUGCUUACCCACCCAGUGCUCAGUUUCGGCAUUCAGGAUGUCAGCAGAUGUCGGCCCAGGCACACAGAGGUUCUACCCGCUGAGGAAGACAGUGAAACUUUAAGUACAGAAGGAAAUCCUGGCCCUGUUGAAACUUCAGUCGUACAGAUAAAAUUGUACUGUGUACACACCAAAACACUUCAAGAUGUGCAAAUUUAUUUCCAACCACAUCAGAAUGCAGAAGAAUCUAUGAUAAUGCCCUCUGCUAUUUCCAAUGAAGAUUUCACAUUUCCAGACCAUCUAACUGAUGUGAGCAUUGAAGGUGCAUCGUCUGAUAAAGGCUCUGGUCGAGGUUCUCAACAUGAUCUGCGACGUAUAGUUGAUCUUCCAGCACCUGCAGAUUUUCUUUCUGUUGCCAAUGAUGUGAAACCAAAGUUAAUGACUCCAGAUGCCUUCAUGACUCCGAGCGCUUCGUUGCAACAAAUUUCUGUGUCACCAGGAAGUAGCGUAAGCACUUUGACUGCAGUGACUGGUUUGAGUACAAGUUCUGCUAAUGAGACAGGAGCAUCAAGACCUGCGGAAGAUUUGUGCCUAAGUCCAAAGGUGACAUUAGAGAAUGUGUCUCUCAGUGGUAGCACAGGCAACAGUGUCCAAGCUAGUCCCAGAAGCAAUUCUGUACAGCUUAUCCCAGGACUUUCUGACCAGCUUCCUUCAAAACCUCUUCAGGUUCCUGGUGCUAACUCGUUACUACCUUUGGAGCUUCAGCCUGUGGAUCCCCUUUGUGUGCCUCAAAGUUCACCAACACGGGAACGUUCCCCUGAUGUGAUCUCUUCUGCAUCCACAGCAAUGUCUCAGGACAUUCCAGAAAUAGCCUCAGAGACCCUUCAGCGUGCAUUUGCGGGUUCUGUUUUACCCAGUGACGUUUUGGAGUCUAACCAUCACAUGGAUAGCAUGGUCUCUGCAGCUUCAGCCCUGCAUCUGUUAUCUCCAAGAAGUAGGCCUAACUCAGAACAUAGUCAUCACUCAUUAGAUAUGCCUCAGAAGGAAGUGGAACGGCUGAGCACUCCAUCAUUAUUGGAAUCUGUCUUGUCUCAGGAUAACGCCGCAGGGGACAAUGUCGCCAGCCAACCUUGGCCGGCAGCACCCGACAUUACUCGCGAAACUCGUAACAGUAUCAACGAGAGCUCCAGAGAGGACAUGCAAGAGAAACACAAGAAUUCCACCUUCCAUCGGCAUCCAUACCAACUACACCAGCAUGACAGUCAGGAUGCCAGUGCUGAACAGAGUGAUCAUGAUGAAGAAGUUGCAAGUCUUGCUUCCACAACAUGCAGCUUUGGUUCAAAGUCUGCUUCGCAUCGACUUCCAGUUAAAGACUGGAAAUCAAAACUAUCUCCACGAUCCUCUCCCAAAUUGAAGAGAAAAAGCAAAAAGGAAGAUGGGGAGACCACACAAUCCCCACGGUCAGAACAACAGCAACAGUUCAACACAAACCAACAUGAAGAGUUGCUGUGUCUAAUACGCAGUCAACAGAGGGAGCUCUGUGAAUUGAGACAGAAUCAGUUGGAACUUGUGCAGAGGCUCACUGAUCACAUGGAUGCAGUACAGGGCUCGAUCAUGGGUCACGUCGAGCGAAUUAUGGUCACACAGCAAGAACAUGAGCAGAGGCGAACAGACAGGGUCUUGGCAGAAGGACAUGAAAGAAAUGGGCAGUUUCAGGAACAGUUGUCUAAUCAACUAUCUCAGACUUUAGCAAAUUCUAUCAGUAAUCGUAUAGAAAAGACUGUUCGGGAUGAGAUGAAGAAAAGCCUACCACAAUCUAUUUCCAAAUGUUUGGAGCCUGUAUCUGGUCAGUUGAAUAAUCAGAUUGCGACCAAACUUGCAGCAAUUGAAGGAGUAUUAAAAGAAAAUGUAACAAAAAUGGUAAAAUCUAAGAACACUACAGAGAGCAUUGGAAGAGCUGCAGCUGAUGCCUUGCAAGGCCCAAUACAAACUACUUACAGGGAAGCAUUCCAGAGCAUAGUUGUACCAGUGUUUGAAAAAGCAUGCCAGUCAAUGUUCCAGCAAAUAAACGACAGCUUCAAACAGGGAACUCAAGAAUAUAUUCAGCAACUUGAGAUACACCUUCAAUCAAAGAAGGCCCAAGAGCAAGAGAGUAGAGAUCCAAUGGUCACUCAGCUACAGCAAAUGAUUGACCAUUUCCAGAAUGCCACAGAUCAUCUUGCUGCUACCAUCACAAAUGGUAUGCGUUCCGAAAUGCAACAUCAGCUUCACAUCAUUGUUGGCAAUUUGCAGGAAUCCAUUCUAACUCAAGUGCAGAGAAUUGUGAAAGGAGAAGUUGGCCUAGCAAUGAAGGAACAACAGGUUGUUGUUGCUUCCAGCAUCAUGCAGGCCAUGCGAUCAGCGGCCGGCACCCCAAUUCCAUCAACACACGUGGAUUUCCAGUCCCAGCAGGCACACAUUUUGCAGCUGUUACAACAGGGCCAACUUAACCAAGCCUUUCAACAGGCCUUGACUGCAUCCGAUCUCAACCUGGUACUUUAUGUCUGUGAAACUGUGGAUUCGCACCUGGUCUUCGGUCAGCAUCCUUGUCCCCUAACUCAACCGGUUUUGCUGUCACUAAUUCAACAGCUCUCCACUGAUCUCAACUCUCGCACAGAAUUAAAACUCAGUUAUCUGGAAGAUGCAGUCAUGAAUCUGGAUCACACAGACCCUGUUGCUCGAGAUCACAUGGGUUCUGUAUUAAAUCAAGUGAGACAGAAACUCUAUCAGUUCAACCAGGCAGACCCCCAUAAUAAUGUGAGCAAAAGAGCUCGAAGACUUAUGAUGAUGCUUCAGGGACUGGUGACACCACUGAGUUAAAUUGGACUCCGGUUAAUUGUGCUUCCUCCAUCUGUAAAGAUUGUGUUAUAACUAUACAAGUUACAUCUGUAUGUUACUAAUUAAUAUAACUUUUUUUUAUAUAAAGAAGCAGAUUGUAGGGUUGGGUCUCCCUAAUCUGUGGUAAUAAAUUUGGUUUGGAGCCACAGGUCAUCAUUAGCUCCUCCUUGUUUCAUUUUUUGACCAUCCCUGAAUUUGGAUAGCCUGUUUUAUAUGCUACUCAGUUUAAGAACCAAAUGUAUAUAUACACAUCCUCUUUUCCUACUCCAUAGCUACAUUUGUGAAACAGCAAAGGCUAAAUAAUCAACACCAGGCAUAAUCUGCAUGUCAGCAUAAGCGCAUAGAACACAAAUAAUAAUUAAAGAUCAGGCUUCCCUUCUGCCAAAUUCCUUCAGCAUUAAACAGCAUCUCACUUUGAAAUCCUGACCUCUGGCAAUGAGUUAAAAUGACUGUCAUAUGUUGAAUGUGCAUCCAAAAUAUAUUUUCAGAAUCUUUCUAAUUAGUGUUGGUCUGUUACUACUUGAAAUUUUACCCGAGUAGUUUGUUUCCAUCAUGUUAGUUUAAAAAGAAAAAAAAACAAUGGACAAGUUUGUGUUUAUUGAUGAUGUUUUUCAGCAUUUGCCAUUUUGUUGUUAUUUUACAUUGCUUCCUUUUUAUCUUGAAUAUGGAAAUUCCUUGUUUUGGAUAAUGUUUCAAAAAUGUUCACAAUAAAAUGACUUUUUGGAAAUUAUCUGGAUUGGUUUAUCCUUAAAUCAUUAGCACUGAUUUAUACUUUUUAACAUUUGCAAAAUGUUGCAUAUUUGUUUUACUGAACAAUUUGUCAGGGUAAACUGCUAUCUUUUGUAUGACUCUUUGUAACUUUUUGGUUGUGUUUUUAUGAUACUUCAAAAAAUGUUAUAACUUUGGGAAAACUUCUGUGGUUACUAUUUUAGAACCAUAAUAUUGAAAAUAAAUACAAAUUUCAAACAAA